AUGAUUGGGCAAGGAAUGGAUAAGCGAGAACUCGAGAAAGAGGAGGAGAAAUCUGAGGUUUGGGAGCAGCUCCAAGAAGACAGGGAGCAAGAGAAGAAAUCAAAGGUAGCUCUAGCACAGAAGCUUUUCAAGCAAAAGGGAAAGCUACCCAAUGCUGGACCCAAGAAGCCCCCAGCAGAUGGAAAGCCCUUAACCGCUAUAGUUCCUCGAAGUCAAGGGAAAGUGAGAGAUUUCAUAGGAGUCAUAUCAGAAGCCAAUAAACGGUUGCAGGAAGAUGCGAAGGAUAAUUCUGAGAAAUAUGACAUUGAAGCGCUAACUGGAAAUGAAUCUGAAGUUGUUGAAAUGGAUUUGAUGCUGGGUGUAGCCGAUCUUCAUACCCCUGAAGCUGUAGCUGCUGCUGAAUCUGCAAUAGGUGGUGGUCAACCGUUGAUUUCUUUGGAUGCUAGCAGCAGUGAAUCAGAAUCAGAAGACACAAGUGAGGAAAGCGAAAGCGACGAUGAGUCCAGUGAAGACACUGAAAGUGAUAGCGAGGACAAUGGCAAUGAUAAUAACAAAACAUGCAAGUCCGGCAGCAAUGAUUCAACUGAAGGGCUCAAACUCGAGACCCUGGGGAGGGGAAAGGACACUGCCAACACAGCUUGCUAG